AUAGUUUUCUGGUAUGAAAGGUGAAGUAGGGCUGUGCAAUUUCCUCGUAGUUUCAAAAGACAAGCUUUGAAUGGUCCCUUGUUAUUUAUCUCAGCCUUCCCGCUCUACUUUUCUUCUCGCUUUCUGCAUCUUCCUGAGGUAAUUCCCAGAUUGAUCAUGGUGAAUUACAUAGUUUUACCCAUUACCCAUUUCAAAUGGGCAUGGAGUUUCUUGUUCCACCGCUUCUCCUUUGCAAGUUACACACUUGGCAUGCUGGAAAAUGGUGAGGAAGAACUCAGGAUAGGCCACUAUAAGGUUAAAUUAGGCUCUGAGGAAUCAGAAGAAGAAUGUGCUGUCUGUCUAUGCAAGAUUGAAGAAGGAGAUGAGAUAAGCGACUUGAGAUGCGAUCAUCUGUUUCACAAAGUUUGCUUGGAUAGAUGGGUUCAGUAUAAGCGAUCAACCUGUCCGCUGUGUCGUGAUUCUCUAGCUCCAUGUAGAGCUGUUGCUGAGCUGGGUCAAGAGGUGCUUGUGUUUAGGUUUUGCUCUUUCAGCUCCGGUGACCGGAAUAGUUGGUGGCUGCGCUAAGCCAUGGCCAUAUGCAUGUAGUAAACAGCAAAUUAUAUUUGGUGCUUCAAUGUGUCAAAGUCAUAUUUGAUUGUUGAAUGUGGCCUCUGGUUUUAAAGUCACCAUGUAUAUAUUCAAUCCAUAUCUGGACUUGGUCAUAACUGAUCUUUAUUUAUAAGAUAAUUCACAAAGAAAAUUUUUAGACAUUAA